CAGAGACCUACACAGGAAAGACUAGGAGGGAAAGAGUGUCUCCUUAAUUUGUAGUUGUCAGCCAGUGUAGGGCUAACUUCUUCUACUGGUACCUGAAGAGAUAGGUGAAUGAGACAUGGCAGAAAUCGGGAGCUGUUUCUCAGAUCUGCAAGGAGGAGUAACAGAGGGCCAAUUUAUUGGAAUGAAAUGCAGGGCCCUGCAAAGACACAAUGCAGACUACUUUUUGCCAAGGGAAUAUUCACUGUGUAUGGAUUUGCAUUUGGCUCUGGCACAAGACUUUAUGUGACAGACAACAAGCAUGUACAAAAACCCAAAGUGACGGUCUACCCAGCGUCCAACCCUGAGCCGAAUGGGAAGACCACCCUGCUAUGUCUGGCUAGAGACAUGUUUCCAGACUUGGUCAAGAUCUCAUGGAAGAUGGAGGAUGAAUACAGCAGAACAAUGGAGGUGCCCAAAGCAGAGGGGGAACAGCUGGAGCAGAGGGAGGAAGGACAGACGACCAGUAUGAUCAUCAUUGACAAAGAGAAGAUGGACAGGAACAAAUACAUCUGUUCUGUGGAGCAUGAAGGGGGCAUUCAAGAUGUUGACAUACCAAGGGGUUCCUUCCCCUUCAUGUGCAGUCUGAACCUGGCCUCUCUGGUUUACACAGUGAUGAUAGUGAAGAGCAUGGUGUACUGCUGUGGGCUCUCUCUCCUGCUGCACCACAGGAACAUGGGGAAGUAGACACAACACCUGUAGAAAGGAUACCACCCAGUGUGGAUAAAGAUGUAGUAGGCUGGGAAUAACAUGGAUUUGACAUCCUAUUGAGGUCUAACAUCUCAAUUGUUGGCCUAUUGCCUUAAUUUUUUAAACUUUAUUUUUCAGAUGCUAAAUAUUGUGAGCCAUAGAUUUUCAUGUCUUCCGAUAACUUAAAUUGACAAUUAUGACAUUAAUUUGCAGAACAUUUCAUGUAAAUUGUGUUUCAUUGCUUAAAAUAAAUAUUAAGCCUAAUAUUGCAUUUUUUUAUAACUGUGGGGGCUACCCACUGCAGAACCUUGAAUAAAGGUUAGGUUAAGGUUGUCUGAAAAAUAAUUAAAGCAAAUCUUGAAGAUAGAUCCUGACGAUUCAAAUGUAGACUGUUUUAUGAAGGUUUCCCUUGAGUAUCUGUCAUAUAGCUUAAAUUAUUUUGUACAAAAUCUGAAUUUGAUUUAUACAGAAAUAUUUUACCUAAAUAUUAUAUUUACCAAUACAUUAUUAAAUAUGUAGGCUCAUGAUUUCCAAGUAUCCUAUGUCUCAUUAGCCAAUAUAAUAUUUCGUAACUUGUUGUGUGUAUAAAGUGUAUCCCCCCCAAUAAAUGUGUCCAUUUCAUAUCAUAAUUAAAUUAUUUUGUUCAUUACAUGAGAAAUAGAAAAUAUAUAUUUGAUAUUUUCUUUGAAGAACUAAAAUUAUUGCUUAUUAAGCAGACAAAUUGAUCCGAGUGAAAUGAUUAAUUGGUGUGUUUUUUUGUGGGUUUUUUUUUGCAUUAAUACUAUGUUGUUGUUUACAUUGAUAGGUUUGUAUGAAGAGUAACAUUUUCCUGCGUAACACAUUAAUCAUGUCCUUUCAGAUGGGGAAGGGUUUAAUAAUUGCUGCCUUCAUGAAAGAAAUGUUACAAACAAACAUUACUCUGCAAAGUAUUCUACAUACUGUAUUGUACAGUAUUGGGCUGUUUUGUAUGAGGAAAUUAUCACCAUAACAGAAAAAAAUAAAGGUUACUUAA